GUUCCCGGUUCACGGGGCGAUCCGGGUCAAGUCCCCCGACCAUCGCGACGUUAAAGUCAGGCGCGGGAGGAGAUGUGGUAGGCCGCCAUGACCUGACGCCAAACCAUGCCGCCGUCCCUGGGGUCCUUCGAAGCCUUCUUCCUCGGAGGAAAGAGCAUCCAAGAUUUGCAACGCAUUCACUCGCAGCUGCUUAUGAUGAUCGCCCGGAAGCACGGCCUGGGCUGUGCCAUGAGCAUUGUGGGUGCCAGCCUUCAAUGGCUGUCGACCAUGGACGAGCGUGAGCCGAACCCCUCGGUGCUCCUACGAAGCCCACCCCACGCGCCUCCACGGAACGCGACGCCCAAAGAACGCUGGAUCGAGGCGGUACGGAAGGCUUCAGCCCGCCCAGACCCCUGGGCCCACCGCUUGUCCCAGCUGCCCCUGGAGCGCGGCAAGCGCCGCCGCUGGGAAGCCAAGAGCGGCAGCUGGCGAAGCGAGGAGCUGCUGGUGCGCUUGGAAAGUGAGCCCUUUGCCAAGGGUGCCAUGCGCAUUUGCCACAGGGCAGUGAGCAUGGACCGCCGCAACUGGGUAGCCAAGCGCUACGAUAGCGAUCCCGAUGUCUCAGCCCUGGAAAGUGAUGUGAUGAUGCAGAUGAUUGCCAAGGACUACGCGGAGCGCUUCAAUGCCUGUGGUCCGCCGAAGAAGGUGGACUUCAUCGAGGCCUCGGUCUUGCAGCUGCCCGAGCGGCCCGAAGGUCUGCGCGACUUCGCGGUGGAGGCCUAUUUGGAUGGGAACUUCACGAAGCAUUCCAGCAACUCCGGCUUCGUCGCCGACGACGUGGUGCGGAAUACGCCUCAUGCUUUCUCUCACUUCACCUUCGAAGCUUCUGGUGCCGAGCAAAUCGUGGUGGACAUACAAGGGGUCGAUGACCUCUACACGGAUCCUCAAAUCCACACGGCCAGCGGAAGCAGCGGGCCGCGCUUUGGACGGGGGAACAUGGGGCUUCGGGGGAUGGCGCUCUUUUUCGCCAGCCACCGUUGCAACAGCCUUUGCCACCAACUGGGCCUCACCCCCUUUGCGCACUCGCCCAUGCCGGGUGACGGAGCUGCCACCCAAUACAGGCCGAUGAACGGGAGCCCCAACGAGAGCCCUCGUGAGGAGGUGGUCUUCGACGGGUCGUUAGUGCCUGCGAAGAGUUCGGUACCACACAGUGCCCCGGGCGAAAGCGUGGAGUGCUUCGCUCGGAACGAGAGUUUCGAUAUGUUUUGAUUCUUGAUUGGGUGGGGAGAUCAUGGGAAAACCAAAGUUGAGAGUGGGAUCUGAUUUUCGAGUUCAACGACCUCCAUUUGGAUUUGAGUCAUCCAGCGCUCUGCACAGCCGUGUGAAUUGGUGGACGUGCUUUCUUCCGCAAUAUGUACAUCUUUGACUGUGGGUGAAUAGGUGGCCAGCAAUGGUGAGGUUUCUCCAUGUGAUGGGGUGUCAUAGAAAUUCAUAGAAAGCAGACAAACAUGCCGGACCUAUUGUUGAGAGCCCUCAGAGUGUUGAAGACAUUCAUGAAUAACUUGGUCCGGUAUAGAACUCACGAACCAAGAAGAGGACAUUCAUGUAUAACUUGGUGGGUUCUAUUGCAAAUUGGCGACCCUUGAGGGUUUUGUGUCCAAGCUUUUGGAUGGCGACACAAUGGAGCUCAGCCAGCUCUGUUUUUGUGUGAAAAGGAUUGAAAAGGAGUGUCCUGUAUACGAUAUCAUUUGCGGGGAAAAAGGGAACAAACAUCCAACAAAAAACUCCUUUGUCGCUAGGGCAUAGACCCAUAGAAGCCAUGCUCUAAUGCCAUAGACCCAUUCCCAAGCCCGAAUGCCUUUGUGCUCUCGUUUGGCCGCUCUCGGACGGACCCGGUGGCGCGGUGUUCUUCGCGGAGGCGGGUUUUGGGGGUGGUUGGAACAAACCUUCCAACCAUCCUCGAAGGAAUAAAGGUUCCAUCCACAUAACAUAUGUUAACAUCAUUAGUUUUGGAAAGAAGUCG